AUGGGAAACAGUCUGGUGAAGGCAGCAGCUUUGGAUUUUGGCAUCCAGUGGGUGUGCUGGGCCUUUGCAGCGGCACUUCAAACUGAGAAAUUCUACGACCUGGCAGGUUCUGGCACCUUUGUUAUUCUGACACUUGUAACUUUGAAUGAGAAUGUGACUGCUCACAUCCGACAGAAAGUGAAUAGUGGCAUGGUUGUUACGUAUGCACUGAGACUGGGAAUCUACUUAUUUUCAAGAAUUUUGAAGGAUGGGGGAGAUAGGCGAUUUAAUGUUGUUCGUACCAAGCCUGGUUUAUUCUGGGUUUACUGGACAAUUCAAGGGGUGUGGAUAUUGUCCACCCUACUGCCGACAUUAAUUGUGAACACAAAGAAAGACAACUCUCGGCUACAAACAAGAGAUUAUAUUGGCUGGAGUCUUUGGGGCCUUGGAUUUCUGAUGGAAAUGGUUGCUGAUUUUCAGAAGUCUCAGUUCAGAAGUGACCCACAGAAUGCUGUAAGUACACUCAUCAUGGACCUCAUAUCUCCAAUUUGUAAUAAAAACAGGCCCUUUCUGCUUGCGCCUUUCAUCCCUCAAUGGUGGUCUUUCAUCCCUCAAUGGUGGUCUUUCAUCCCUCAAUGGUGGUCUUUCAUCCCUCAAUGGUGGUCUUUCAUCCCUCAAUGGUGGUCUUUCAUCCCUCAAUGGUGA